AUGCCUGGCGUGGUAGAGAUUCCAGCUAGUGCUACGGCAUCGCCGCGCCCGGAGUUCAGCGUUGGACACCAGAAAAUCGAGCUAGAGAUCGAUCUUUCUAGAAAGAGCUUGAAGGGCAGCACUGAGAUCACAGUUCAUCCAAAUAAAAGAGAUUCCAGGAUCAUCCCCUUGAACUUCCGACAGGGCGAGAUCAAGCGCUUGAUGGUAAAUGGAAAACCUGCCACAUACGAAUAUUCCGACUCUUACGAGAACCUCCAACUGUACGGCGUGCAAUACAACGAACGGUUAAUUACGAAAAUUGAUCGCAUUCUGAAACGUCCACCAGACCCCGAGCUUAGGAUCUUGAUUCCGAAGUCCGUACGCAUCGAGGAGCUCGAUCCAUAUUCUGCUGAAGCCCAGGACCAGAUUGCGCUGCAAAGUUUUGACGGUUCGUCUGACCGUCGCCCCGAUGUUAACCUCCCACGAUUUAAGGCAGUGACCAUAAACAUCGAUUUCGUCAUUGAUCGUAUUCGUGAUGGACUGCAGUUUGUUGGUGUGGAUGCUGGAGAUCGUCGUUAUCCUCAUGCUUACACCACAAAUUCGCUUGAGUCAGGCGUUGGGUGCCCCUUGUUCCCGUGUGUGGACGACCUAGCGUCGCGUUGUACAUGGGAUAUCUCGAUAUCGUGUCCUUACACUCUGAAGGAUGCCUUUGAACGCAAACCCCGCGAACCCACUGAUCCUGCUGCUCCUCCACGGCCAAAAGCCCGGAGCCGGUAUAUCUCUGCGGACGACGAAGGGCUAGAAAUGUCUGUUGUCUGCUCUGGUGAACUGACAGAUGAUAUCGUAGACCCGGCAGACCCUACUCGGAAAACUGUCUCGUUUUCCUGCUACUCGCCUCUAUCCGCCCAACAGCUCGGAUUUGCCUUAGGUCCCUUUGAAUAUGUGAACGUUGCAGACUUCCGUGAAAGUGACCAGGAUGAGCAACUUGGGCAAAAUGCUAUCCCUGUGCACGCUUUCUGUUUGCCAGGACGAGGGGAAGAGCUUCAAAACACCUGCUUCCCAAUGGCUCAGGCAAUUGACUUUUUCUCUCUGUCUUUCGGCUCCUAUCCAUUUACAAGUUACAAGCUUUGCUUUGUUGAUGAUAUUCCUACUGAUACUCUGCCAAUGGCGUGCAUGGCAAUCUGCAGUAGUCAUCUCCUCUUUCCUCCCGAUGUUAUUGACCCGAUAUAUGACUCCACUCGGGCAUUAGCGCAUGCCCUGGCAUGCCAAUGGAGUGGAAUCAACAUCAUCCCCAAUGAGCCCGCUGAUACUUGGGCUACUGUUGGCAUUGCGUGGUAUGUCACAGACACGUUCAUGAAGAAGCUCUGCGGCAACAACGAAUACCGAUACCGCCUUAAACAGAUGUCCGACAAAGUCUGUGAGCUUGACUACGAACGUCCUUCGAUCCAUGACAUGGGAAAUUAUCUCAGUAUAGAUCCGUCUGAAUAUCGGUUCAUUGCACUGAAGGCGCCUCUCGUUCUGUUCACUCUCGACCGACGCCUAACAAAGGCUAGCGGAAAAGCAACAAUGUCCCGGAUAAUCUCUCGACUUUUCCUGAACUCGCGUAUGGGUGACAUGCCAAACGGAGCUGUCAACUCGGUCAUGUUUCAGAAGCUUUGUGAGCGAUUCGGGCACGCAAAGCUUGAUGUUUUCUUCCAGCAGUGGGUGUAUGGUGCAGGGUGUCCACGCUUCCAAGCCACGCAAAGAUUCAAUAAGAAAAAACUUGUGGUUGAGAUGAUGAUCAGGCAAGUCCAGGCAGACCAAACAGCUGCGCGAGACCUCGAGAAAAAAGACUUUUUCCGAGACGUCAAGGAGGAGGUCCGCCACGUUUAUGCCGGUGCCAUGCAACCUGUCUUCACUGGGUCUAUGACCAUCCGUAUUCAUGAGGCCGAUGGAACUCCAUAUGAACACAUCGUCGAAAUCAAAGAGGGUGUCACCAAAUUUGACAUUCCAUACAAUACAAAGUACAAGCGGCUAAAGCGAAACAAGAAACAAAGAGAACGUGCUGUAGCAUCAGGUGACCCAGAAGUGCAGGAUGACGUCCUUCUAUACUGUCUCGGUGAUGUGCUACAGACUGAGGAGGAAACACAGAAAUGGAAAUUGGCCGACUGGACCAAAGAAGACGAAGAGAGGAUGGGACAAGAGUCUUACGAAUGGAUUCGUAUGGAUGCAGAUUUCGAGUGGAUCUGCAGACUUUCUUUGGGCAUGCCAGGCUACAUGUACCUAUCACAACUCCAGCAAGAUAGGGAUGUGGUUGCUCAGCUCGAGUCUCUACAGUACAUGGCCGCUCAGCGAGAACACCCGUUGAUAUCAACCAUCUUCGUCCGUACACUCAUGGAUAGUCGCUAUUUCCAUGGCAUUCGGGUCACUGCAGCAAAGGCAUUGAUCAAACACGCUAAGGACGAAGUGGAUUGGGUUGGACUAACUCACCUGGAAACAGCAUUCCAGGAGCUUUUCUGUCUACCUGGAUCUCCUAUGACUCGUUCCAAUGAUUUUACAGACCGUGCAGCAUACAUUCUGCAGCAGGUGAUUCCGGACGCGAUAUCACAAGUUCGCGAUAACAGUGGCAAGACACCCUUGCGCGUGAAGCGGUUCUUGUUCGACAAGCUCAAGUUUAAUGAUAACUCCACCAAUACCUACUCUGACAACUUCUACGUCGCCUCUCUGAUGCGGUCACUUUGCCAUGCCAUGCUUGGGCGCAAUGAGGCUCGUCCUGAGAAUGAGAUGACAGAUUUUGAUAUGGACCGGCUUAUGGAGAACCAGGCCGAAGAACAGCUCGAAAAGGACGUGGUCGCUGAAUUCGAUCGAUAUCGAAGAAUGGACGAAUGGUCGGGCUCGUUUCAGAACCUGUAUUCUCGAGCUGCUCUCCAUUGCCAGAUGCAGUUCAUGCAGGCCAAACUUCUAGAGAUGGACGUAAUGCGCUUUGUUCCAUACACCCGGUCUGGAACCUUUGACCUGUUGCGUUUAGAGGCAUUCGAGUGCCUUGUCGAACUCGAUAUUUCCCAACACCCAGAGCUUCUUCGAUGGCUUAUGUUUAGCAUGACGUGUGACUCGUCAGCAUACAUCCGUCACCACUGCCAGCGGCUGUUUGGCCGAACACUUGCGAUGAUUGCCUUCGGCCGAGCCCCGCCAGCGCAGCCUGCUCAAACUGACAACUUGAUCAUCGAACAAGAAUCAUCGACAGAAAUCCGUCAAGCCGAUCUUGCUCGCCGACAAACUAUCCCCGGUGCUAUUGAAGCCCUCAAGAAGGAAAUCUCAACCGAUAAGUCCCUUAGGGAUUACAUGUGGGCCGCGUGCAACUCUGCCUCUCUCGGAUUACUAGAACUUUCCGAGCUCACCGACCUCUGCCGCGUCUUGUUUGACCCUGUCACAUCCAAACUCGUUAAAUUGCGAUUGCCCCGAUUCUGGAGUCUCCAAAACUUGGGCCACGGGAAACUCCGCUUUUACCGCUCUCAAUCGGUACGCACCGGUCUUGGUCCUUCAAAGGACACCAAGCGCAAGCGUGAGGAUCAAGGCAUGCACCCUCCUGCGCCACGCAUCACAUUCAAGCAGUCGAAGAAUAAUUCGUCUCGUCACAAUACACCAUCCACUCCUUCUCUUCCCAAAAUCCACAUCCCUAACCUGUCUGCUGCAGCGCGUUCCGGUACACCUGGAGCAUCCUCACCCGCCACCCCGGCAAGUGGUGGUGGCUUGAAGCUCAAGCUCAAAUUUGGAGGGCCAAAAUAA